UUCUUUUUAAAAAAAUGCCAAAUUGCCGUUUUUGCACUUUUCUGCUUUGUAGCUGUCGUUAUUAUUUUAAUCUUCAACCUCAUUUUCUAUUAAUUCUGUUGUUGUUGUUAUCAAUUCCUCAAAGCCUUCAGGACUCACAAGCUGGCAGUAAUGGUGGUAUUUCUUUAGCCUGUGGAAAUGCUCUUUCCUCUUCCUCUUCAAGUAACAUUCCAAAUAGCAACAGCAACAAUCCAGCAGUCCAAACACUGUCACAGUAUCAACUUGUUGGAAUGGACGUUUUAACCAAAAAUGUUUGCUCCCCUUUGUCUGUUGAACCAACUACAGCUUAUUUGCCUGGAAGUGGUUAUUUGGUGGCUAAAUGUGAAGAAUGUUCCAAAUGUCCGCAAGAAUUGUUACAUUUGCAUAGAGCGCUUACACAGUUGGCGGUUAAUGCAAAACUUCAGUCUUUGAUCAUUGUUGUUGAUAAAGAAUUGGAACGUUUACGACCUUCCUCAAGUCGAACAACACCCGGAAAUUCACCUUUAGUUAAAUUUGUAUUUUCAACAUCCUCUUCAGAUGAUGAUGGAGGUCUACUUUCUUUAUGUGAUCCUAAUGGUGAUGCGAGUAAUGAAUCUCUCAAAAGUUUUUCAAAAACAUCAGUUCUAUUUGUUUCAAUUUCUUUUAUUAUUUUAAUUGUAAUUUCUUUGGCCUGGUUAGUAUUUUAUUAUGUUCAACGUUUUCGUUAUGCUCAUGCAAAGGAUAGAUUGCAGAGAAGGCUAUUUAAUGCUGCAAAAAAAGCUUUGGCUAGAAUUCCAACACGUCCAGUAAAAUCUGGGGAUCGAGAAUUAAAUUCAGACUGUCCAGUUUGUAUUGAUCCUUAUAAACCUGGAGAUAUAUUGAGGCAACUUCCAUGCAGGCACAUUUUUCACAAAAGUUGUGUUGAUCCGUGGCUAUUAGAACACCGAACGUGUCCAAUGUGUAAAUCUGAUAUUUUAAAAGCUUUUGGUUAUCAUGUUAGUAGCCGUAGUCGACCAGCACAAUUUUCAGCAAGUGUGGAUGAUGAUGCUCCAAGUGGUGGAAGAGGAGGCGGAGGGAGAACAGGAGGAAAUGUCAACAAUAAUAAUCAUCGAGAAGGAGACAGAUUAAGUAUAGAAUCAACAUGUAGCGAUUCUGCUAAUCCUUUCCCUGUUGUUACUGAAGUACACGAUCCUUUUGGUUUUUCUCCUUCAACAUCGCCACAAUUUGUUCAGAUUGGCAGCGACAAUUUUCAAGUUGCUAAUAAUUCAACAAUUUUGCCAUCUUCAUCUUCUGUUCAUUGUGAAAUUGUACAGGCACAAAUUGAAAGACAUUCACAAAAUGUUGGGGAUGAUUUGUCACCUGGUUCUUUGGAAGAAGAAGGAGAGGGGAGGGAAAAUCAAGGAAAAAUUGUUGAGGGAAAUGUUGGUGGAAAAAUACAGGAAGAAACCGACGAUAAACAUCAAAAACGGGAAACUAAAAGUAGUGGUCCUUUACGUCUUUUUCGAGCAGUAACAGGACGUCGACAUGUUAAUACAGCACUUGUUAGGCUUUCACGUUCUCGUUCGCUCAGUCAUAAUCCUUCUACUGAUGUUGAAUCUACCAGUAAUCCUAAUAAUAAUGAAAAUGGAACUGGACAAGAAGCUAUUAUUUUCUACUCUUUAAAAGGUCGUAACGCCAAAAAUAUGGAAACUACUCUCCCACAAACAUUUACCAGUACAAUACUUCCAAGAACAACAACAGCAACCAUUUCUCCCUCAACUACACGUUCAUCUUUAGCUCGUGUAGAUGAAGCUGGUGGUAUUCUUCCUUCAACAACAAUGAAUGAAAAUUCUCGUGCAUUAACUGCCCCUGGUGAUUUUCGACGUAAAAAAGGUGGAGGAAGUAGUAGAAGUGGAGGGGGAAGUAGAGGAGGAAUGGGGGCAAUGGAAGUGGGAGGAAAACGCCAAAAAAGAAAUUUUAAAAAUCAGCACCAACAUUCUUUAAGUGAUGGGGAUAUUGUUGAACAACAAGAAGGAGGAAAUGAUGAUUUUUUAAAUAAUGGAAAAAUUCUGAGAAAGCAAACAGCGGGGGAUGUACGGGUGGAAAUGCCGUAA